ACCUCAAAAACAAAUGCCAAAUUGGUUUGCUAAUGAAAUGGGGGACAGAGGAGGCACCGAGGGGUGCCGGAGCACCUCGACAUUUAUGCCAGACACUAACCAGCCCGUCCUCCCGUGGGCCCCACAGGCAGACAGGCCUGGGGAUGGGCAGCACCAUGGCCCGCGUGGGCAGCAUCGCCAGCCCCCUGGUGAGCAUGACCGCGGAGCUCUUCCCCUCCAUGCCUCUCUUCAUCUACGGCACUGUCCCCGUGGUCGCCAGCGCUGUCGCCGCCCUCCUGCCGGAGACGCUGGGCCAUCCCCUGCCGGACACGGUGCAAGACCUGGAGAACAGGAGGAGAGGGAAACCGCAGCGACAGCAGCAAGAGCAGCAGAAGCAGAUGGUCCCGCUCCAGGCCUCGGCCCAAGAGAAGAAUGGAAUCUGAGCACGGAGAACGGGCCCUACAGAGCCCCACAGGGAGCGCCGGGCCUGCAGGGCCUGGGCCACCUGCACGAGGAGGGAGCAGGGGCGGUGGCUCAGGGUGGCACCUCCCAGGGGCCGCCCUGAACAGAUUCCACCGAGACCACAUCAUUAAAAGGGUUCUGUGGGCAGCGUC